CAGCUUCUUCAACAUUCACUCUCAGCUGUCUUGGCAACUCUUGACUUAUUGGGAAUGGGUUAAAUUGAAAAUUAAAUUAAAUAUUUAUAUGAAAUGUCCAUAUUUUAUAAAUAUGCAUAGCUUUAUUUAUUUAAUUUUGUAAUGAAGCAUUGUGCAAAAGGCGUUGAUGUGUUGCGAUCGUACCUUAAUAAAGAAAUUUUUAGAUGAAUGUAAAAUAGUUCUGAUCAGUAGAGUUUUCAUAUCCCAUCCGUAACUGUGGCUUCCAACAACACACAUAUUGAUACGGAGAUUGAAAGGUUUGUUUCAAGAAAAGACUUGAAACGCCCAAGAAUAAUGGAGGUAGAUGCAAGUGGUGAUGAAGUUAACAACCAUCGCAAAAGCAAUGGAAAGAAGAAAACAUGGACUGAAUUGAAGAAGGAGGUUCGCAAUGUUCGGAGACAGCUGUCUAGCAUAUCAUCUAAAAUACCUAGUUAUUUUGAAUUUAAAGAAAUGGUAGCAGAAAAUGAGACUCGUUUCUGUAGAAUCUACUUCCUCAGCACUCUUGCAUCAGGAAGAGAGACAACUCUCUUGUAUUGUGAUGUCCCAUUUGACUAUGCAAAAAGCAAAAUAGAGACUUUUCCAUGGCAACCUUUGCUUGAAUCCUCUUUCCAAGCUCAAGGACAUUUCUCCCGUGAAGAGCAAAUGCAAAUGGAGCGAAAGAGGUGUGUGAUAUGGGGUAUAACUUCUUUUGAUUACCAACCUUCUAUAGGAAGGUUUGUGUUCCCAGCAUCGGGAUCUGUAUUCUAUUGUGAUGAUCAACAAACACAGACACCUUUACAUCCACAUGAAUUGGAGCACUUUGUGUCAAUAAAUUCACAUCUGAAUCCUCAAAUGUGUCCAUGGAAUCCUGACCUCAUUGCUUAUAUUAACAACUGUGAUCUGUGGGUCCACCAUAUUAUAUCAUGCUGCGAUGUCAGGCUUACUUAUGCAAGAAAAGGAAGUACUGAUUUGUCAGAAGAACCACUAAGUGCAGGUAUACCUUCAUAUAUUACCCAAGAAGAAUUUAAUAGAUAUACAGGGUUUUGGUGGCAGCCUGUGUCUAUAUUUUCUGGUGGUGAUAUUUACCAUAUACUAUAUGAAGAAGUCGAUGAAAGUCAAGUAGAACUUUUAUAUCUACCAUGUUUUGCGGAUGAAAAAGAGGUUGAAAUUUAUCGCUUUCCUCGUGCAGGAACUAAAAAUGCUAAGUCAACACUGAAGAUUGCUCAGUUCCGGGUAACAGCAACAAAUGAGAUAGAAGUUUUGCCAUAUCUUCAGUUAAGUGACAACAUAACAUCACUUUGUCCAGAUAUCGAAUACCUGGUAAGAGCAGGGUGGACACCUGAUGGAAAACAUGUAUGGGCCAAAGUACUUGAUCGAAAACAAAGUCAUGAACAAUUGCUUCUUUUGCCUUUUUCUUCUUUUGUCUCAAGUGACCCCACCAAAGAAAUCUAUGCUAAUCAUAUUGAAAGCAAUCCAGUUGCGCAAGUGAUAUAUGAAGAGGUUUCUGAUGUGUGGAUUAAUGUUACUGAUGUUUUAUAUUUCUUUACUCAAGAAAUUCCCAAUGAAAUUACUUUCUUAUGGGCUAGUGAAGAAACUGGUUUCAGGCAUCUGUAUAUAGUAACUGUGGAACUUCUAAUGGCUAAUGAGUGUAAAAUAAACCAUAAGGGAACCAAAUUGACUGAAGUAUCAAAACGUAUAAAGAAGAAAAUUGCUCUUACCAGUGGUGAAUGGGAAGUUUCAGAAUCUGAUAUUUGGGUAAAUGAAAAGAAGAGACUUGUGUAUUUUAUUGGUCUAAAAGAUUCACCAUUAGAGAGACAUCUGUAUGUUGUAGAUAUAGAUAAUCCCCAUGAGCCUCUACGGUUGACGGCAUCUGGAUUCUCUCACAGUGUUGCUAUGAAUGAUGAUUGCACUCUGUUUGUGACUAUUCAGAGCAGUGUGGGUCAACCCCAUUUUGGUCAAGUGUAUCAAAUAUGUUAUUCUCCAAAUAAUCCUUUUACAGUUCAGGCACUUGGGUAUUUUAUAGAGCCCUCAGCUCUGCCUUCUAGUUAUCGUCAGCCUGAAUUGUUCAGUCAUAGAUUGCAGUCUGGUCAUUUAAUUUACGGAAUGCUCUUCAAGCCUCCUAACAUGAGGGUUGAUGAGAAAUAUCCAACUGUAUUAACAAUUUAUGGUGGUCCAGAAGUUCAAUUAGUGACAAACAGUUACAAGGGAAUGAGAUACCUUCGACAGUAUUUGCUCUCUUCGGAAGGAUAUGUGGUUGUCUCCAUUGAUUGUCGUGGGUCGAGACAUAGAGGAGUUGCCUUUGAGAGUCACAUCAAAAGUAGAAUGGGCACAGUUGAAAUUGCUGAUCAAGUUGAAGUUUUAUUGUGGCUAUCUGAAACGACUGGUAUUAUAGAUCUUGACAGAGUAGCUGUUCAUGGAUGGUCUUAUGGUGGUUAUCUAUCUUUGAUGGGUUUAAUACAGCGACCUGAUAUAUUUAAGGUUGCUGUUGCUGGUGCACCUGUCACAUCAUGGACAUUGUAUGAUACUGGUUAUACUGAGCGCUACAUGGGAACACCUGAAAGAAAUGCUACUGGUUAUUCAACUGGGUCUGUUAUAGAUAAUGCAAAUCGAUUUCCUGAUGAGGAGAAUCGGUUAUUAAUAAUUCAUGGAUUAAGAGAUGAAAAUGUUCAUUUUGCUCAUACAAGUCAGCUUAUAAAUGCUUUGAUAAAGGCAGGAAAACCUUACCAGUUACAAAUUUAUCCUACAGAGAGGCACAGCUUACGACACUUAGAUACAAGUGAACAUUAUGAAACAACCCUACUAAGUUUCUUACAACAGCAUCUUUGACUCUUAAAAAUUAUAGGCUAUUUUUUUAAUUGCAUAAAGACAGCAUCUGAAUCAUGUUACUAUAAUUUCAUCAUUUCAAUUCUAGGUGUUCAAGAGUUGCCACUUUUGUAAAUAUUGAGGUUAACUAUAGAAAUGGAUUUGUAAUUUUUAAUUAAGAAGUUGCAUGGAUAGAUGUAACUAUGAAAUGACGAAAGCCAGUUUUUGUGGCUAAUUUUUCAGCAUGGUUGAUCUUCUUUUUGUGGUUUUGCUUAAAUAUUUUAGAUAAAAAGCUCUUUUUUUAUUAUUUAAAUAAAAAAAAAUCAACGACCUGUUUAGCAAAAAAGUUCUUUUUUUUUCUAAGAUUUAUUACCUAAAAAGUUGAGAGAUGUUACUAUUAUACUGUUAUAUUAGUUUUGAAGUAAAAUGAAAUAGCU